AUGGCCAGUGACGACGAGAACAGCCACAACCAGACCACGGAUGGUCUGAAUGCGGCCGAGACGGCUCAGAGCGCUGAGAGAGCGAUGCCGACGACCUCGUCAAGUACGGCUAUGGUGACGCGCGUUCCGCAACCGAUCUUUGCGGUGGUUGCAGCCCCUAAAGUGACCUCCACCUCACGCGAUUCGCUCAUUCAUUGGCUUAAGCUCCGCAAGGAGUACGAAGAAGCGACAAUGGAGCGGUGCAAGGAUGGAAAAGAGGACUUCGACACUGUACUGACGAGCGUGAAGAACUCCUUCGAUGACGACUUGCUGACGACGUUGUGUGAAGCUAACUGGGGAGUGUCCAAGGAGGAUUUGACAGACGCAUAUUUGCUGAAGCAGAUUCGAGCGAUCACGGACAGCUACCAGAACCAAGUGCUACCACCGGUGAAUGAACUGUUUCGGACUGAAUUGAAGAUGAACAUGGACAAUCUCGACAUUCAAUCUCGUGUCACGGACUACUUUGUGUCUUGCAACCUGUUGAUCAAGAAGUACGGGUUUGUUAGCUUUUUCGAAGGAGAGAAAGGGUUAAAGAAGAAAUGCAAGCUGUUGAUCAACUCGCUACCAGAGAUGUUGAAAGAGAAAGUGGAAAAUGAGAUUGAGUACCGUUUCCCGGAAGCUCGGACGAGUGUACUGAAGUUAUCGAACCUGAUAAACCAGCAGGCUCUCGAGCAAGCGAUUGAAGACAGAGCGCUAAAGAGGGGCAAAGAAGCAUCGCGUAAAUCGAAGUCUCAUAAUCAACCACGGCCCUUUCAUGAUAAAAAGCGUCAAGUGCAGGGACAGUAUCAGCAAAAAGGAAAACGAUCGAAGAAGGCGGACGGUCAGAAAGUCGAGAAAUCUGAAGACAAAAAGGAAGUCUCGAGUAAGAAAGGAGUUCCAAAAAACGGAUGUUUUCAUUGUGGUGGAGAGCACUACCUCAGCCGCUGCCCGACUGCCACCAAAGAAGAUCGUGAGCGACUCAUCUCGAAAGAGAAGAAAGGUGAGAGACCUCCAGCGGGGAGGCACCGCUAA